GGAAUAUAUAUUUUGAAUGGGAAGUCGGUGUAGUUAAUGUGAUUGCAGAUAUGGAAGAAAUACAAUAUAGGAAAAGGAAAUAGUGGUAAAUAAUUAAAUUGAAUGAGUAAGUUAGAUAAUAAAGGAUCAACAAAUAAUAAAAAUUAGUCACGAAAUUCAAUAGGAAGUAAUUAAGGAAAUGGAAAUGUAGAAUAAUAAAGUAAAGAUUAAGAGAGUAAAAGAAAUGAGAAAUAAUCAUAAAGUAAUAGUUAACCAAAAAAAGUGCAUAUUAAAUUUAAUGAAUAUUAAAACUAAAAUGAUAAAAUAAUGAAAGCUGCAAUAAAAAUAUAAAGUAGAUAUCGAGGAUAUUAAGUUAGAAGGAAACAUGAAUAAUAAAGAAUGAAAAUAGUGAUGAGAAAUGCAAAUAUGGGGGCUAAUAAAAAUUAUAUGAAAGAGAAUUUAGAAGUUAUAAAUACACCUUCUAAGAUAAAUGAUUAUUUGGAAACUCGAGGUCCAUAUGAAUUUAAGAGUGGUGCAAUAUAUUAAGGUUAAUGGAUAGGAAAUUGUAGAGAGGGAAUGGGUACUUAAAUAUGGCCUGAUGGAGCGAAAUAUGUAGGUGAAUGGAAAAACAAUAGGGCAUGUGGAAGAGGAAUAUUUUACCAUGUAGAUGGAGAUAAAUUUGAUGGAGAAUGGGAUUAAGAUAAAGCAAAUGGGAAGGGGAUUUAUUGUCAUUCUAAUGGUUCAAAAUAUGAAGGUGAAUGGAAAGAUGAUUUAUAACAUGGUUAUGGUAAAGAGAUUUGGAAUGAUGGAUCAAAAUAUACAGGAGAUUAUUAUUAAGGUAAGAAAUAAGGAUAAGGCAAGUAUGAAUGGCCAGAUGGUUCAUAUUAUGAUGGAUAAUGGGAAAAUAAUAGAAUAAAUGGAAAAGGACAUUAUUUUUGGUCAGAUGGAAGAGGUUAUGAAGGAUAAUGGAUAAAUAAUUGUAUGCAUGGUUAUGGUGUAUAUACAUGGAAAGAUGGAAGAAGAUAUGAAGGAUAAUAUCGAAAUGAUAAAAAAGAAGGUCGUGGUAUUUAUUAAUGGGCUGAUGGUAGAAAAUAUGAUGGAAUGUGGAGAGAGGGUAAAUAAGAGGGGGAAGGAAUAUUUAUAUUUAAUGAUAAUACUAGAAGAAAAGGAUUAUGGAAAGAAGGCAAGAGAUUAAAAUGGUUAGAUAAUGAGACAUGA